AUGCGGAAGGAAAGAAUGGAAAAUCUAACAACUACUGGAAAGAUUGCAGGGAAAACAGAUCGUAAUCAACAAAGAAUCACAUUUGUGAAGUCCUUGUGUCACUUGUUGAAUAACACCACAUUUCAACUACUACAAAGUGUUAAAGAUCGAGUUUCGUUGAGGCAAAAAACCACUCGAGACACUCAAAUUAAAAUGAAUUUUUGUGAUCAUUUUAUGAAGAGCGUAAUCAUUUUUUCAAUAAUCAUACACGGAGUGUUGAACAACUUAGCGAGAGAAAGAUUUUCGAAGACCAUACUUGGUGGCGUGCCAGUUUGUUGUCAGGAUUCAUCCAACAGUACCGUGCGGUUCGUCAAUGAGAAUUUGUCAUGCCAGGGCCCAGCCAGAUGUUCAUGGAUGUGUCAAAGAGAUCCUACCUGUUCGUCCUUCAACUUCAUUCACCACCACCUUGAUCCUGCCCUGAACUCCAACCUCAUUGAAUGCAACUUUUUUGUUGCCAGGUGUUACAGCGUGCUGCCUCUUCAAAACUGCUCACAUUUUCAGGCUGAAAAGAAAUCGGCUUGUUCAUUUCCAUACACUCUCAAUGGAUCGGUUUAUUUCGGUUGUACCUCCAGUUCAACUUGUUUAAAUGGAAAUGGAGUUCAAAUGGCAUGUACUGACGGACAACCAACUAGUUCACAAUUCACUCCCAUUAAUCUCUCCGUGCCGAAUGUUCCAACGUCAAACGUGCCAGCGUACACGAAAGCGGGUUGGCUGGUGAUACAUCAGGCCAACGUUUCAUCCAACGAAAGCUUCAAUAAAACGUGGAACCAAUACAAAUAUGGAUUCGGCAAUUUGGAUGAAGUUGUCUUCUCAUUAUUUCUAAUAAACUUAAACUUUUAUACAAAUCAUGACAAGGGCAACUACUGGCUGGGAAACGAGUACGUCAGUCAGCUGACAUGGAUGAUGCCCAACGUAACCUGGCGUCUGCACGUCAGCGUCCAAGCAUCUGCCAACAAGAAGUUCUACUCCACUGAGUACUGGAGGUUCAGGAUCAAGAGUGAGGAAAAAUUGUACGCCAUUGAACUGGCAGGCAAUGUGCCAAGAGAUGCUGGAAAUGCAUUUGGCAAUGCAAGUCAACCACAGUUUGUGACAAAUUUGAGAGCGUUCUCAACUCCUGACAAGGACAACGAUGGAUGGUCUGGUGGCAAGUGUGCCAACAAGAAUGGAUGGUGGUUCAACAUGUGUGGAGUCAGUGUGCUGACGAGCACUCCUCAAAUCUGGGAAACUGUGAAACGUGCAACUGCAGCUGCUGAUUUUAAUGUUAUUUAUUCCACCAUGAUGAUUAUGGCAAAUUAA